AAGGGCGCACGGACGUGCAACCUGGAUUGAUAUCUGCAAGGCUCUCGUGCAGAAUUUGAACAAGUUCCAACAGCUGUCGCCUGCCCUACUCUUUCCAGUCGUUGAAGACCAGUUCACUCGUCAUCAUUCAUCAGCUAUAUGUGGAAGGAGAAAAGAAACCACGAUGCAGAGCUUGAAUGUGGAACGAACCAUGAAGAACUUCACUGACGUACCUUCGCAGGGCUGAGAAGUACUGAACUAGAUGCGGUUACCAAAAGAAGCAAUACCCCGCCUUAAGAGUAUGUACCGCACGCUUGUUGUGACCACUUUCAAAACAGCGGACGCUGUUCGCCUUAAAAGGCCCCCAAAACUCAGAUUGAGGAGAGUUCAUCCAUCGUCCAUUAUCAAAUCAAUCACCAACGUUCUCAGUCAUACAUGCAUCUGCAACAACUGAUCCGUUUCUUUUGUUCCAGCAAAUUUCUUGUCCCGUAUUUUGGUGAAGUCCUCAAGUUCCCUUCUCGGAUAUAUUAUGCUAGGUUUUGUUCGAUCGCUUUGAAUCUCGAAUGUGUAAUAUUACGGGUCUCGAAGUGGUAGCAAUAGCGGGCAGCUCCCUUGAGAAACUGUAAAAUCAGAAUGAUAUCCAAGGUAAUAACUAGCGAGGGAGAUCAAUCUGAAACUCAGUCCAUUGUUUCACCUUUAUCCCUUUACGCUUGUUGCACUUACUGUGUCACUGGAUUUCUGUACAAUGUUCACAAUCUGGAAGUUAGUAAGUUUAUUUCAGGUUGGAGACGAAGCUGAUUCACAUUUACAAGUUCAUCGAUCUCUAGCAGCACUUCAACCGGACGGGAUGAGAAGCCUAUUGAAGACGUUUGAUCAGAGCGCUCUCGCAUGCAUUGAUCGAAGCUUGGUCUGCAGCAGUUGGUCACAACGUGCUGCUUGUAUACAUAUAGUUGGCGUUGUUACAAGUUUGUCAAGAAGAUUUGAGAGCCUAUGCCCUGACUGGAUCCGGUGUAUAUAAACGACCAGAUUCUUCAUGUUUUCACGGAAAUUGAUUCGACUGGUGCCUUCGGUCUCUGUGUUCAUUUCAAUUUCUUCACCACUCAGGCGACAAGUUGACAGAAGUUACUUUGUUCGCUGAUUUCAUGAGCUGUAAUGGCAAUUCAAUCUCCUUGACUUGAGCACUGAGCUCGAAUGUACCAGUUGAUCACUUUCUGUGGUAAAGAUGAGAUUUUAGAUUAAAAAGUCCUGGCUCAAAACUUUGAUUCCAAGCACGCAUUAGGGAGACUAGAGUUUAUCCAUCGAUUGAUGCUAUUUUACACGCAGUUUGGAUCUGUGUUGAGAGUGGGUUAAAUCUUGAGCUUCAUCGCAAUCUGGAGCUCCUGGACAAAUUGCUGGACCGUCUCUCAUCGAAAAGUUUUACGUUUCACUUUCAAUUUGCGAUUUUCCGCUAAUGGCAUUCCGGGUAACAAGAGUAGACUUGAUUGUAGAAGAAUCUAUCUGCACGAUCUCUAAAGCAUGCUUCUUCCGUUCCUAACCAGGAAAGGACAGCAUACACCAUUAACAAGUGUGUGUGUGUGUCAUUGUUCACAGCUGUACAGGUUUCACCUCGAAGGCAAUACUCCAUGAAU